UAUUUGGUAACGAAGUCGAGCUCCAGACUAUUUUGGUCCUUUCGGUGAUCCGUACUGUGGCGCAGGCGCAGGUCAUACGUUUGUGGGUGAACCUGACCAGUGUGACUCUGCCACUCAACUCCAUAGUGACGCUGGGUUUCCAUGUUGAUUCAGUGCAGGUAUAGAGGCUAAAGUCACCUCACAUGGCUCUCAGGCGGUGCUGGAGGUUCACAGGAGUGGUCCCGCGGCUGCUGUGUCGGAGAGGCGUCCAGCCCGGUGCUUCUGUCCCGGAAGGAAGGAGCUCUGUACCCGGCCUCGAUCACACUCCCCCCGGGUGCAGAAACACAGAGUUGCUUUUGUACAGGGGAUUCACUUCAGCGCCAACCAGCACAGAUGUGACCUACGAGCAGCUGAAGCAGCUCCUGGCUGGCAGAAAAGCUGUGGUUAUAGAUGUCAGGGAGCCCUGGGAGCUCAGAGAGUACGGCUUCAUCCCCGGGGCCAUUAACAUCCCCCUGGGACAAGUUAACACUGCCCUCCAGCUUGUUCCAGAUGAUUUCAGAGAAAAGUAUGGUGGUGAAAUGCCGGAGCAGACAGACAACAUCGUGUUCACCUGUCUGGCAGGGAUUCGGAGUGAGAGGGCAGUCAAGGAAGCUGCGUCGCUGGGAUACAAAGACAUUUAUCAUUACCCGGGUGGAUGGAAAGACUGGGCGACAAAUGAGCAAUGAGAAAAAAAACUUUAUGUAUCUGACAUCAAACUGGAGAUUUUUCAGAAGGUCAUUCACUUUAUUGUUAAUUUAAGAGCCUGAGAUGUAAGUUGUUCUCCUCAUGGGUGAAUCCAGAGGACUCAGCAAACAUCAGCAAUCAAUCCAUUUCAACAGUGUUGACUUGAAGUUUCUCGUAUAUAUGUUUCACCAUAGAAUACCCAGACACCCUUUGCAGCUCCUGAACAAACGCAUCCAGAGGGAUCCGAUCACAAUUGGUCAACGCUAAGUGCAGGUGUGAACACACCCUUAUGCGUCCUCAAUGCUUCCUGAGAUCUGCUCACUAGAGGUGGUGUGGGACGGAUGUGGCCACAUAUGAAGGACUGCCUACUCAGCUGACUUCCUCCAACCUGCUACAGUUUAAACAUAUAUUUACCCUUAUCAGUGUCCGUACAUUCAAUUUGUUCAUAGCCAGCAACACAAUAUCAACACUGACCACCGAAUGAUGACUGAUACUUUAUUUAUAAUUGUUCGUAGAAGAGCUGCACAUUCAUUCAGUCCCUCGUGUCUCCUCUCGUUGUCUUUCUGUCACUCGCUCAUGCCAACAUACACAUAAACAUUGUCAUCGGACACAUUUGUCAACUCAAACUGGGUAAAACAAUAUAAUUUGGUCUUUGCAAACACAAAUAACGUACUUGAUUAUUUGCAGAGAAACUUAACUCUGUCUUCUUGUGAGUGCAUCUCUGAGGACUGAUGUUAAAACCAGGUCUGAACAGGCCUAUUCGUUCAGUGACUGUAAUAAUCAGCACAGCUAUAAUCGGACGAUGUAAACACAUUUUUUAUUUAACAGACUAUGCAAAUGACUACUUAUCUGUGUAUGAUUGUGGGUUAAUGAGCCGCCCAUGUAUUCUGAACAGUUUUCAAUGUGAUGCAUUGUAAAUAUAUAAUAGUGUUCUGCUCAACAGUUUGUGCAGUUGUUGCCAACAUCAUUCAAGAAAUAAAAUUGUAGUUUUGAUUAAAA